AUGGAUUUUGCCGCGCUCAUGUCGAAAGAGAUCUCCAAGGCCAAGAGCCCCGAGACCAAGUCAUCCGGGAAAGAGGCCGACAAAAGCUCAACACAACCACCGAAGAAGUAUAUGCGCCGGGGAGAUGUCGAAGCCGCGCGUGUUGAGGCCUACAACCAAGAGCAGGAACGCGCGGCACGCGAGCGAGAAGAGCGCAUAACGACCAAGCGCAAGCUUGACGAGGAAGAAGCAGACCGAAAUCGCGAACGAGAGGACAAGAAGCGCCGAUUAGCCGAGGAAUCGAAGGCAAGGAGGGAGGAGGAAGAGCUGGCCAAAGAACGUGAACGGCGGCGGAGGCUCGGUCUUCCCGACUUGCCUGAAGACAAGCCGGAAGAUGCUCCCGAGGAAGACAUUGAGGAGGACGAGCUCAUUGAGAGAUUGCGGGCAAUGGAUGCACCUGCACGGUUAUUUGGAGAGGACUACAAAGCUCGACUUCGACGAUACCGCCGCCUGGUUCAACGGGCAGCAAUGCCCAAGCAGAAGAUUACGGAUGGGCCGAUUCCUACGACAUUGGAGCCAGUGUCUGGUGGACAAAUGAUCAUUCCGGCAAAGAUCCCCAAGGACCAAGAGAGUCGACUCUUUCUUUUCCGGCAGUUGGGCUCAUAUUUCAACAUGGUUUUGUCAGAAUGGGAGUUGGCUUUGGCAAAGCGCGAUGUUUCCGUGCGGCAGAGUUUCCAAGGAAAACAGGCCUACAAUGCCAUGACUCAAUCCCGUGAGAAUAUGACGCCGUUGUUCCGCCUCUUUGAGAAAUCAGAUCUUGAAGAUGGAUUGUUGGAACCGAUCGUUGAGAUAGUGCACAAGGCACAGCAGCGACGAUAUGUCGAUGCCAACGAUGCAUACUUGCGAGUCAGUAUUGGAAAGGCCGCGUGGCCCAUUGGUGUGACCAUGGUUGGUAUUCACGAGCGCUCUGCUCGAGAGAAGCUGCACCAGAGCGAUCAACAAGCCCACAUUCUGAGUGAUGAGAUUACACGCAAGUACUUGCAAAGCAUCAAGCGUUGCCUGAGCUUCGCGCAAGUACGCUGGCCCCCUGAAGACCAGUUGCAGGUGAUGGGGUAG